GGGCGACAGACGUGCAUCCGGUUGAGUGACGUCACCCACCCGCACCGCGCCGUUGACUCAUGAACCAGGAAGAGCCGCCGGUCAUACAUUUAAUCAAUUGUUACGAAGCUGUAUUAUGCUAACAUUCGCCCUGACGAUCGUUCGGCAUGGGGAAACACAAUACAAUCGAGAUAAACUGCUUCAAGGUCAGGGCAUCGACACGCUGCUGUCAGACACGGGACAUCAGCAGGCCGCGGCGGCCGGACAGUACCUGAGAGAUCUGCAUUUCACCAAUGUCUUCGUCAGUAACCUGCAAAGAGCCGUCCAGACAGCUGAAAUCAUUUUGGGAAACAACCUCCAUUCUUCUGCGGCUGAGAUGACACUGGAUCCUUUACUCAGAGAGAGGGGUUUUGGGGUGGCAGAGGGAAGGCCGAAGGAGCAUCUUAAGAACAUGGCGAACGCAGCGGGUCAGGCCUGCCGAGAUUAUACUCCACCCGGCGGAGAGACGCUGGAACAGGUAAAGACACGCUUCAAGAAGUUCCUGAGAUCCUUGUAUCAACGCAUGUUGGAGGAGCACGGCUUGGCGUCCUCCUCAGGACCAUCAGAAGCAGAACCGCCUGUGAUUGCUGGACUAGCUGAUGAUGGUGUCCUAGACGUCCCCGUCCACGCUCUGAUCGUCAGUCACGGGGCGUUCAUCCGCGUGUCAGUGCGCCACCUAGUGGAGGACCUGCAGUGCUGUUUGCCCGCAGGCCUGAAGAUGAACCAGAUUUUUUCUCCGUGCCCAAACACCGGCAUUAGCAGGUUCAUCAUCAGUCUCCGCAGAGAGGAGAGCGGCCCGCGGGCCUCACGCAUACAGUGUAUCUUCAUCAACCGGAAAGACCACCUCCAUGACAUCAAAAAAUCUGAUUGACAGUGUAUCCGAGACGGGUGGCUUUAUCUGAAAUGUCCACUGUUUGUAUUUAUUGCUUCUUACAAACUCAACAGCUGAAGCACAUGCAAGUCUGUGUGGUUGAUUUUAUUUAAUUUUUUUGUGUGUACAGUAUUGAACUGUUACGACAUGUGACUGCAUUAAAGGGAUAGUUCACUUAAAAAAAAUGACUAUUCUGUCAUUGUUUACUAACCCUCAUGUUGUGAGUGAGGUUUUUUUCUGCUUUUUCACAAAAGAUAUUUUGAAAAACAUAAAUGACAGUCAUUUCUUAUUAUGGAAGAAAUGCUGUGGAAGUCGAUGGCUACCUGAAAGAAACUCACAGUGGUUUGGAACAACUUGAGGACGAGUAAAAGAUGCCUGAUGUUUCAUUUUUGGAUGAACUAUCCCUUUAAGUACACUACAACAAAAGAUUUCUUAUGUAUUAUUUAUCAUUUGCCCUAUUUAAAAAAAAUCCUAAAUGAAGAUGCAUUCACUUAAUGAGGAAAAUUAAUCAAGAAUCAUUUGAUACUCAAAUGGAUCAAAAUCAAGUUCAUAAGUUUCAUUAAAACAAGAAAGAUAUUUGUCAGUGGGUAAGAAAUAGAAAAAAAAUUCUGUUGGUUUUUCUCUAUAUUUUUACUUAAAUAUUUACAUUUUUAAUCAUAAACUCACUUAAUGUUGAUCCAUUUGAGAUCCAUUUAAAAAAUGAUUUAAGAUACUAAGUCUUGUUUUUCUGAAAAAAAUAUUAAAUCAAAUGAGAUUCCGAUUAAAACAAGAAAAACAUUUGUCUGUGGGAUAAGAAAAAUAUUAUUUUCCUGUUUUUUUUCUUGUUUAAAUAAUAAACUCAAUGUCUUUCAAUCUGAGAAAGAGAAUGACAUGGUAAUGAAAACUGUUUUAACAGUGUUUAACUGCAGUGAUGUUUAUUCCUCUUGUCAGAUGACUGAAUGCAAACGAUCACAAGAUGUCAUUUUUAAUGUCAUCUGUUAUAUAAGCACUUUAUACUCGCACUGUACGGUACUUUUGGUCUCUGAAACACUUAUGUAUUUAAGUAUUCAUGCGUUCUGUACAUUCAUGUGUAUGUAAUAAAGACAUUCAGAAAACGGUAAGCCAUGCCCAUUAUGGUUUUUAAUUGCGUUUGUAAGCAUAUUAUGAUUAAUGUGUAUUAAAAUGUGAUUAAAUGGUGAAA